GCCGCCGCGGCGGCCGAGCCACGUGGUGGGGCCGGGAAACCGCGGCCGCCGAGCGCCCGGGAGGCUGCCCCAGCUGGGCAGUGCUGCUCUGCGCUGCGCCGCGCUCGGUGCCUGCGCUCCCCGCUCCGCGCUCCCCGCCAACCGCCCCGGGGCGGGAGGCGCGCCCGGCAGCGGGGCGUCCAGACAAAGGAGGCGCGGCAGAGCCGGCGCGCGGGCGGACGGACCAUGGACUCCGAGCGCGAGCGGCCGGCACCAGCCCUGAGGACCCGGCGCUCCAGGGCCCGGCCCUAAGGCGCCCGGCCCCGCCGCCCGGGGCGCCCAGCGCGGAGGACGCGGAGCCCGCGCGGCACGGAGGAGGCGGCGGCUGCCGAACUAGAGGGGCGCCGCGGCGGUCGGCGCGCGCGGCCCCCGGAGCCAUGGGCAAGUGCAGCGGGCGCUGCACGCUGGUCGCCUUCUGCUGCCUGCAGCUGGUGGCUGCACUGGAGCGGCAGAUCUUUGACUUCCUGGGCUACCAGUGGGCUCCGAUCCUUGCCAACUUCCUGCACAUCAUGGCAGUUAUCCUGGGCAUCUUUGGCACCGUGCAGUACCGCUCCCGGUACCUCAUCCUGUAUGCAGCCUGGCUGGUGCUCUGGGUUGGCUGGAAUGCAUUUAUCAUCUGCUUCUAUUUGGAGGUUGGACAGCUGUCCCAGGACCGGGACUUCAUCAUGACCUUCAACACAUCCCUGCACCGCUCCUGGUGGAUGGAGAACGGGCCAGGCUGCCUGGUGACACCUGUCCUGAACUCCCGCCUGGCCCUGGAGGACCACCAUGUCAUCUCAGUCACCGGCUGCCUGCUCGACUAUCCCUACAUUGAAGCACUUAGCAGUGCCCUGCAGAUCUUCUUGGCUCUGUUCGGCUUCGUGUUCGCCUGCUACGUGAGCAAAGUAUUCCUGGAAGAGGAGGACAGCUUCGAUUUCAUCGGCGGUUUUGACUCCUACGGAUACCAGGCGCCCCAGAAGACGUCGCAUUUACAACUGCAACCUCUGUACACGUCUGGGUAGCGUUUACCCCACGCCCACCCCUGCGGUUAGACUGACCGCCACUGCCACGAGCUCUGGCCAAGAUGGCAGGCGCGCCCCCUGGCGGCUCCCUGACUCACUGCAGCCUGAGCCGGCGGGAUCUGGGUCUGAAGCGGACUUGGACUUGGCCCUUAGCAGCCUGGACUUGAGGGGUGGGGCGGGGAGAAUCGCGGGGUUUGUAUUUUUUUUAAUCUCAGCCUUGACGUGUGCGGGCGACCCCACCUCCCACCCCCGCCCUUCUCCAGCCUCCCCUUUCUCCCUUCUUCCCCCAGCAUCCUGUCCCCUGUCCAGAGGGAGAGGGCAGGAGAAACACACACACCAUCUCACCACAUUUAUUCACCAGCCCUGGGGAAAGUUCCCCCGAACUAUGAAGAGGAGGAGUCCUGAGUUCUAAUCGCAGCUCCAUCACUAACUCUGUGUGACAUCUGGCAAAGCCCUUGUCUUCUCUGGGCCUUAGCUUCUCACCUCAAAUAAUUAAAAUAAUCCCUUAGUAAA